GAGGACGUCCCGACACUGCUGGAUAGUGCUUUGUGCAGGAUAACGCUUCAUCACUACUGUAACUCACAGCCUGGGGACCGGAGAGGACACAAAGCACUCGCUGGGAGCACAGAUCACCUUUAUUUAUUAUUAAUACUCACAGAACUCGCAGCCUUGCUCUGUGAAUUGUGACAUUGAGGUUAGGAUUGCUCAGCCAUGUUAAGCUGUAUGACGGUGGGAAUGCUGUGCCUGCUCUUUGGAUGUUUAAUGCUAACAGGUCAUAGUUCUGCUUCCAGGGCACCCAAGCUCAAUAUAAAAGCAAAGGAGAUAGUUAUACACGCAGGCCAGCCGCUUCAUCUCACGUGCAGUGGUGAAGAAAAUGUUUUUUGGAAAUUCUCAGCCGUUUUAGGCAAGGAUAGUAAAAGACUGCAUAUUACACAGAACGUCUGUGAAGGGCAUCCCAAGAAAGUGUGCCGAAGGCGCCUAACCUUGAGAAAGGCUCAGAUAAACGAUACAGGGUUUUACAGCUGUGAACUCUAUUCAUCAUUCAAAAGACCAGCAAGGAGGGACCUGUCUACUUCUAUAUAUGUAUUUAUUACAGAACCAAACACACCAUUUGUAGAGAUGCACAGGAACAUACCCGGGGUCGUACGCAUGAUUGAAGGAGAGGAGCUUGUUGUUCCUUGUCGGACGACGUCUCCAAACAUAACUGUCACCUUUAAGAAGAUGAAUAGUGGUGUACUUAAGGCUGACGGACAGAACAUUAUUUGGGACUAUAAAAGAGGAUUCAUAAUCCCCAAACCAACAUACAGAUUUAUUGAUCUCCUGAGUUGCGAGGCGACAGUCAAUGGAUCUGUUCACAGUACAAAAUAUAUCAUAAUCAGACUAACCAGUGCAAUUCACAGCAUGCAGCUUAACGUGUCAAGCUCCAUCAGACUGUUGACGGGAAAUUCUCUUUCCAUUAACUGCACUGUUACAGCUGACUUAAACUCAAGACCUGAAAUACAAUGGGAAUAUCCCGGACUGAAGAAAAGAAAACUUGCUUUCAUAAUUAAUCGGAUGGACAGAUCAAACCCCAAAUCAAUCACAUUCUACAGCAUACUAUUUAUUGAUAAGGUCCAGAGAAUUGAUGAAGGACAAUACAUCUGCGCUGCAAAGAAUGGUCAAUUAACAAAAUCGGUUAACACAACAGUACGCAUUCAUGCAAAGCCAUUCAUUAAUGCAAAACCCAAACAUAAAGGCAUUUUAGAAGCUGUUGCCGGCCAAAAGUCUUACCGUAUUUCGGUGAAAGUGAGAGCCUUCCCUUCACCAGAGGUUAGAUGGUUGAAAGAUGACUUACUGGCGGCAGACAAAUGUGCUCGCUAUAUUGUAGGUGAUAACCACUUAAUCAUCAAGGAUGUAGCUGGAGAAGAUGCAGGAAUUUACACCAUCUCGCUGCAUUUGAAAGAGGAGAACCUUACCAAAAAUCUGAGCAUGAGGCUCAUUGUUAACGUAAAGCCACAGAUUUAUGAAAAAUCGGUGUCUUUUCAAGAAUCCCAUCUUUACCCACUUGGCAGCAAGCAAACACUAAGAUGUACAGUCUUUGGAGUUCCUGCUCCUACUAUAACAUGGAUGUGGCAUCCGUGUCCACCCAACGAUUCUAAAGCACAGUGUGAUGUUACCACUAAAAAUGAUCUUCCGGUGAUUCUUGGAAAGAACAGUAGCCACCUUGGAAAUAAAAUCCAAAGCCUUAAACAACGAACGCAGAUUAUCGAAGGGAAAAACAAGACAGCAAGUAUUCUUGUUAUAGAAGAGUCUAAGGCUUCCGGAGUUUACACCUGCGUGGCCACCAACAAAAUUGGAAGUGAAAGACGGCACAUACGUUAUUAUGUAACAGAUAUACCUAAUGGAUUUCAUGUAAGUUUAAACAAAGAGCCAGCCGAAGGAGAAGACUUAAUAUUAUCAUGUUCGGUUAACAAGUACCUGUACACAGAUAUUAGCUGGACUUUACUCAGGAAGACUGGGAACCGAACAAUGCAUCACAGCAUCAGCAAACAGAGAGAUGCCGUUACAACAGAAUACUCGACGACUCUGGUGGCGCUCAUCAAGAAUGCCACCCAUGCGGAUUCAGGAAGCUAUUCUUGCAGGGGAAAGAACAUAUACACAGGGGAAGUAAUUCAGCAGGUGAAAGAAAUUGCUAUCAAAGGGGACAACUGCAAUAAAAAAACAUCUUUCUCAAGGACCUCUAAAUUGAAAAGAAGGAAGAGCAACUGUACAACAGAAAGCAGUGGGGCCCAUUAAAAGACUCAUGGAAACUUACAGCGGUCUCAAAGAUUGUGAUUAAUUAUUGAAGGUACUGAAUAUGCUUCAUGGAAGUAUUGGAGAAGUGGCAGUGCAUGUGUGGAUUAGUGAGAGUGAAGCAAAGUAAACUGACCCAGCUGAAUUGUCAUAUCUACUACGAGCAGGAGAUUCAGUAGCAAGGAACUCCAAGCAACUCAUUCUAUGAAGGAUAAUGUUUCAGGGAUCAUCCACAAUGUUACUCCUGUUCUAAAACCAUCUAGUUUUAUUUUCAUGUUGUUUAAAAAAAAUGUAGGACUUAAUGAAUGCACCUAAUGGUAAUUUCUAUAGUUCAGAGAUUGAAAG